GCGGCAGCUACAGUGGUGUGGUGCGGCGCCGAAAUCGCGGCGGCGGGGCCUUUUCCCUACUUGGCCAAAACGCGCGUGCGCGUGGGCCGUCGGCGGCGAGCAGCAAGGCCGCGUACAGCGCAGCAGCGCAGCAGUCGACCCGGUGCGGGCCAAUCACGGGGCUGCUCGCUGCAUUCGGGCGCCGCUCGCCUUCGCCCCCCCUCAAGCGCAGGCGACCCAGCCAGGCCGGAAUGGCGGACACAGCGCCGGCGGCUGCGAUGCUUGGACUCAAGAUGGGCGCUGCCCUAUUCUUCUGGAUUGCUCUCGGUCUGCUGUGCUGCAGUCGAGCCGACGGCUACGCCGAGGCGUCAGCAUCAGCUGCAGCAUCUGGUUCAAGUGUGGAGCCGGAUGUGGGCCACUUUCAGCCAAUGGUGGCGCUGCUGUGUGGCCACGGGCGGCUCAGCAAUCAGUACCUGAGUGAAAAUCAGCGCUGGGUUUCGGAUCCUGACCCUAAAGCGGUCUGCACCCGAGAAAAGCUCAGCAUCCUCGAGUACUGCCGAAAGGUGUACCCCAAGCGUGACAUCCGCAACAUAGUGGAGUCGAGCCGCUACUACCGCCUUGACGGCUGGUGCAAGGCUGGCCAGCGCUGCUCCACUGGUGAGGGCAGUGUGCACUGGGUGAAGCCCUACAGGUGCCUCGAAGGUGACUUCCAGAGUGAUGCCCUGCUGGUGCCCGAGCACUGCCUCUUCGACCACAUACACAACCAGAGUGUGUGCCAGAGCUUUGACGAGUGGAACCGCACGGCGGCGCAGAGCUGCCGCGGACGUGCCAUGCGCCUGCGCAGCUUCGCCAUGCUGCUGCCCUGUGGCGUCGACAUCUUCUCCGGAGUCGAGUUUGUCUGCUGCCCGCCUGCCUCAUCACCAUCGUCCGACAGGGACUCGCAAGGCAAGGACACUUCUAGUGAGGAUGACUACGAUGACGACUACAGUGACGAGGAUGACGACGACGAUGAAACCACGACCACUUCAACCACUACGACCACGACAACCACUGAGGGACCAGUGGAGCAAUACCUUAGCCGUUAUGACAGCCGACACGAGCAUGCAGCAUUCCGUGCGGCACAACACAGCCUCCAGGAGAGCCACCGGGCACAGGUGACACGGGUGAUGCGGGAGUGGAGCGAGUUGGAACAGCACUAUCAGGCAAUGAAGGCGCGGGACCCGAAGGGUGCCGAGGAGUUUCGGCGUAAGAUGAGCGCACGAUUCCAGAAGACAGUGCAGGCACUGGAAGCCGAAGGGUCGGCUGAGCGACACCGCCUAGCAGCAAUGCACCGGCAGCGUGUGCUCACUACCCUUAACCGGCGCAAGAAGGCUGCCCUUGAUUGCUAUCACCAUGCACUGCAGGAGAAGCCACCACGGACCAAGCGUGUGGAGCGCUGCCUGGAGCGGUUGCUGCGGGCCCUGGAGAAGGACAGGAGCCACACGCUGCACUCGUACCGGCAGCACGGAGGGGAUGCUGAGGAAGUGCGUGCCCACCUGACUUCACUGGACCGCCUGGCCAACCAGAGCCUGGACAUGCUUCCCCAGUCACUCAAGGGCCGCCUUGGCCAGCUGUGGAGCACCCUGCGGGGGGCCACCAGCAGCGAACCCCUGCUGCCACCUCCACCACCGCCAGCGCCGACCACGGCCGAGGACUCCGAGUCGGUGGAAGACGAGAGCAUUUUGCCAGCCAGCAGUAGCACACUGGCCCCGCCAGUUGCACCAAUGGCCCCCGUGGCACCGACUGCUCGACCGGCACAUGCCCAGAGCCAACUGCUGCAGCAUGCGGAACCCGCAUACACACUUCGGCGGCCCUCACAUGCCGAUGCCUUGGGACGGCUCAAGUGGAGCGGCAGCGUCUACAUCACACUUGCCUUUGCCGGAGUUGCACUACUCACCGCACUGCUCGUUGGGGCUGUGCUGCUCAGACGCCAACGCUCGCCCCAUGCCCGUGGAUUUGUACAGGUGGGAGGAGGACCCACAGCCUCUCCUGAGGAGCGCCAUCUGACGGCCAUGCAGGUCAACGGCUACGAAAACCCCACCUACAAGUACUUUGAGGCCAACUGAAUACAACACACCAUGCCCCUCUCUCUUUCUGUACAUAGGCUCCGUUGCGGCCGCUUAGGCGUCUUAAAGUCCGAGGGCAAGGCUGGCGCUAAAGGGACGUGGCCCGGGAGAGGAGCAGAUGACAGUGCAAGAAGGGGGACGUGCCCUAGGGUUGUUGUACCACUUGCGAGAGGGGUGGGAUUUAUGUCAACAACACGAUGCCAGGCAAGAUGCCACCAAGUUUGAGGCACUUCUGCCUGAGAGGUUUCUCUAGGACAGGCUCGUGGAGCAGCAAAGUGGAAACUGCGGCUGGCAUCUAGCAAAUUUCUAGCAAUGUGUUGGCAGCUCGUGUGUGUGUGUGCAAAUGAACCUCUCGUUCGCAGUCUCCACUUCACCGCAGCACAGAGGUGUCCUCAAGCAUGGGGUUGAGGCUAGGUAGCCGCCACCAAUGCAAGGAUUCACUUUUUAUUAAGAGAUAGUCUGGAAAGAGGAUCACAAAAACAGCAUGUUGAAUAAUUUAUUGGUGAAGUGUGCGUGUCUACUUAAAAGAAUUUCCUUCCCUCGCUUUGUGUUGUGAAAGAUGUGAAAUUCAUUAAGCUGACGGGAGUGAUUGACACUGUCAAGGCAGCUUGGCUAGGUGUCACUGUCAGAGCACAAGAGAUUAUGGGUGUCGUGUCUUGAUGGGGCACAUGUUGUUUUAAUUGCAACCAGGGUGGCUAGAGCGUGGGUAAACGGGAAUCCCUCCGGUUGGUGGCGUGCCACUUGCGCUCUCCGCUCUUCUUCCGGUUGGAGUUUCUGUAGCGCCAGUUUCUUUUUUUUUUUUAUUUACUUUUCUCGAACCUUAAGGUGUCGCACCACCAACGAGCCAAGCUUUCCAGCAGCUAAAGGCCUAGGCAUCUUUUUGUACAGGUUGUCCAGCGUUAGUGCCUCUCUGCAUGCCCCCCUUCUCCCCUGACCGGAAGUGCGUGCGUGCGUGCAUGUGUUUGGUUGGAGGCCAGCAGCAUCGUAGGGCUUGUUGCAAGGGCAGUUUGUGUGGUCAUUUUGUCUCAGUGAACAUAUCAUACGUCGAGUGUUGCCACCCCGUGUCUCCGUAUGUUCGUCUCUGCACACGGCCCUGCCACCUCUCUCUGCUUCGGCUUCGUGCAAGUGUUCUACCCCUUAUUUUGCAACACAAGGUCACACAAGUGUAACCCACUCUGUGUAGUGUAUUUGAACGAACAGGCUGACAAUAAAAUUUUGCGGCUCGAUCAA